CCGUCCACUGCCAGGUGGGCCUCCCGACCGUAACCGCAACCCGGCUCCGGCUCCGGCUCCUCCGUCCUCCUCCCGCGGAACCAGCGGCCACCGGUAACCAUCGCCACCGCCUCCCCCCUCCUCCUCCUCACGUCGGCGCGGCGGCGAGGAUGCCGUGCUGCGGGGAAAGCGACCCUCCCCAUGAGGCCAUCAGGGUCCUAUCCCAGCCCCAGCGCCACGGCUCGCACGGGAGGAAGCCGUGGAGGUGUGUCAGGUUAAUCGUGAUGCUGCUGCAUGCGCUCUUCAUCGGCGCCGUCUUCCUGCUCGAUCCGGCCCUCCGGAGCCAAAUCCGCCGGGAUCAGUGGUACAUGAGCACAUAUGGAGCGUUGGUGUUGUUCACGUUGGCGCAAUACCUGUAUACAUCUAGUUCAUCACCAGGAUACGUGGCUGAGAUGUUGAAAGCUGGAUCGGUGAUGCACGCAACCUUCAUUAAUACAGCGACAAUCUCAAAACAGGUCUGUUCAAAAAAUGGAAGCUUAAAUUAUUUCAUGAGCCGCAGCAAAAUAGAGCAACGCAUCCCACAGUCUGCUACACCUUCGUCGCUUUUGCAAAUGAUGGAUCUGUAUCCUCCUGGAUCGUCCAGCAGGGAUUUGACCUGCUCUUACUGCCAUCUCAUUCAGCCUCCACGCACCAAGCAUUGUCAUGAUUGUGAUAAGUGUGUUCUCCAAUUUGAUCAUCACUGUACAUGGCUUGGAACAUGCAUUGGCAUAAGGAAUCAUUGCCGUUUCUGGUGGUACAUAUUUGGACAAGCAAUUUUAGCUCUAUGGACUGUUGCUCUCUACAUCCGGUUCUUACAUGUGGAUACGAACGGGUCCUGGCUGAAGGGUUUGACUGGCUUGAUACUGUUGCUGCCGUUGAUAUUAAUCCUCAUAGUUUUGCUGAUCUUACUCAUAUUGCAUACUUACCUUGCUCUUACGAACCAAACGACAUAUGAAAUUGCCAGAUGGAAGCGAAUAUCUUACCUAAGGGGAGUUCCUACAAAGGUACAUCCUUUCAGCAAAGGUAUCUGCAGGAACCUCUAUGACCUCUGCCUCUCCAGACAGAAGGGAUAUGUUCUGGAAGCAGUACCCCCACUGGAGGAACUGGAAGCCCGAGCUAGACCCUACACCUGCCAAGAUGUGAUCUGCUGCCGGUGCUGUUAGUACCCGUUAUAUGUGAAAAUCAUUAGUUUAGCUCAACGUAUAUAAUAACAUGAUAGAGAUACUUGCGGCACUUUGAUGAUGUACAGCAUAUAUAGGCACCUUUUUUUGUCUCCAAUAGAACGCAUCCGGAUUAAACGGUGCCAUUAGAUUGACCUCAGUAUGCAUGUAGAUUUUUCAAUUUAUUCCUUGUAUAGUUUCAUAAAAAAAUAUUUUUUUGAACUUUGUCGCACAUUCCCUGUAGAACGUUGUGUCUGGGCGAUGUAGCCCUUAUGUUGAAAAGCAUAACUG